AUGUCGGUGCGAAUCAAGGCGGUAGUAGACCGGUUCGUGAAGGAGCUGCAGGAGGCGCUGGACGCGGACAUCCAGGAUCACAUCAUGAAGGAGCGCGAGAUGCAGAGUUACAUCGAAGAGCGCGAGAGCGAGGUCGUCGAGCGGGAGGCCGCAUGGAAGGCCGAACUCUCCCGUCGUGAGGCUGAGAUUGCACGGCAAGAAGCCAGGCUGAAGAUGGAAAAGGAGAAUUUGGAGAAGGAAAAGAGCGUUCUCAUGGGAAGAGCCUCCAGCCAAGACAACCAAGAUGGAAUGUGUUACAACAAUUCAAGUAUCAGCAUGAACCUGUUCUACCUCAUCUCCGGCUUCACCUCACUGUCUCUCUGUUUUGUUCUUGUGGUUUGCUUAUUUUCAGGCCUUCCGUUCAUUUUCUUCAACAACGACGACAUGCUUAUUGGCUCACUCCCCUAUACUAAAAUAUAA